GUAACAAAAACCCUCAUGGAAACACGGAGGCGACUCGAGCAGGAGAAGAUGAUGCAUGUCACACCUGGCGAUGUUCGCAGGCCUCGGCUUUCCAGCUUUGGAGGCAUGGGUUCCACAAGCUCUCUCCCCUCUUUUGUGGGAUCUGGUGGGUACAGUCACACGUCUCAGCAGCUGCAGAAUGGAUAUCAGGGGAACAGUGACUACGGCGCCUGCUUCAGCUCCUCCUUGGGCAGUUCUAUUCGUCACAGCCCCAUGAGCUCAGGAAUAUCCACACCAAUCACCAAUGUCAGCCCAGUGCAUCUGCAGCACAUCAGGGAGCAAAUGGCAGUUGCCCUCAAGCGUCUCAAAGAGCUGGAGGAGCAGGUCAAGACCAUUCCUGUGUUGCAGGUCAAAAUUUCAGUGUUACAGGAAGAGAAGAGGCACAUGAUGGCUGAACUCAAAAACCAGAGGAAAGCCACUUCAAAUGAUACGUACGGUUUCAGAAAGCGAUCCUACAGUGCAGGAAAUGCAGAGCACUGGGAACACAUGUCUCAGGUGAGAAGAGGUGGAGAACUGUAUAUAGAUUGUGAGGAAGAGAUAGCGACCAUAGAGCAGAGCUCUCAGAGGAUAGAGGAGUUUAGGCAGCUGACUGCUGAGAUGCAAGCCCUGGAGAAAAAAAUCCAGGAUAGCAACUAUGAAAGUCCAGCAAACCUCCGGGUGAACAGAGAAGGCCUGACAAGAGAAGCCCGAUCUGUUGCUGUAGGUGCUGAUGAGAACAUGAAUGAUGUGGUUAUAUACAACAGAUCUGCAAGGCAAUACAAAGAAGUAGCUGUGGGGACAGAGAAAGAAAUGAGAGAGUCUGGGGUUGGUGUGACUGAAGCCAUGCUUGGCUUGUCUACAGAGACUGAGAAAGAGAUAGAGCUUCAGCAGCAAACCAUUGAAGCCCUUAAGGAGAAGAUUUACAGACUAGAGGUUCAGUUAAAGGAAACAACCCAUGACAGGGAAAUGACCAAAUUAAAACAGGAGCUGCAGGCGGCUGGAUCUAGGAAAAAAAUGGAUAAAGCUGUGAUGGCUCAGCCCUGCGUAGUCAGCAGGAUGGUGGAGGCUCGCAUACAAACAAGAGACCAAAUGGUGGGAGACCACGUGGAUGUCAUUGAUUCCUCAGUGGGAAACCACCUGCAGAUGAGCAGCAUUGGCACCUCCUGCAGACCUGCCAUGCAGAGCACAGCUGUGGGCCCUGAGCUGCUAAUGAGCCAGUGGCUGGUGAAGGAGAAGGCAGAGGUGCAAGACCAGGGCACGGGGUGGUCCAUUGAGCUGCAAGAUAAGGCAGUGGGCACAGAGAUGAGCAUCUGUGAGACAGGCAUCAACACAGAGGAGCCUGCAGUUGUGCCGAGCCAAAGCUGGACAGCACAGGCAGCCAUAGCUGCGAGGUCUGUGGGCUGUGGGGAUUGCUCAGUAGAUGUGGUGGUUUGUACCCCUAAGGAGAGCGUGUCCCGUGAAACCACCACAGAGGCUGUGUCAAGAGCAGAGGCAAUGGUGAUGGCUGUGCCUUCUAUGGCUAGCCAGCAAACCAGCACUGCGUUGGAGAUGGUGAACCAGUGCACCAGCACAGAGAUGGCCUCCCUGGCAGACUGUGGGACAAACACUGCUCUGAGCAGCUGUGAUAAACAGACCAACACAGAGAGUGUGGAGACACGGAGUGUGGCGGUAGGAGAUGGCAGAGUGAAGGACAUACAAGCGUCUGCUAAAACACGUUCAGUUGGAGUGGGCACCUUGCUCUCCAGCCACCCUAUCUUUGAAAAGCCGUCUGCAAUAAAAACCAAAGACUCUGCUGUUGGGCAGAUAAGCAUUCAUGAAAACUACCUGGUUGGCCUUAAAAUGAGAAGCAUUGCCUGCGGUCCCCCUCCACUGCCAGUUGUGCCAGCUGGCACUAGGAGCAUUGGUGUUGGUGGAGGGUCUGUGUGCGAGCAGAUGAGUGACCUGUUGGAACCCCCUCUACCACCACCUGAGCUGAGGACGGGCUUGGAUCACUACAUUGAGCGUGUGCAGAAGCUGCUGCAGGAACAGCAGAUGCUGCUUGCUGAAAAUUACAGUGAAUUGGCAGAAGCCUUUGGGGAACCCCACUCCCAGAUUGGAUCUCUCAAUUCACAGCUCCUCAGCACCCUCACCUCCAUCAACUCAGUCAUGAAAUAUGCCAGCACAGAGGAACUGCGAAGCCUGGACCUUCAGAAGCAGUGCACAGAGAGGAGCACUUCAUCAGGUGCUACUUUGGAGUACAUCCCUCAUGGCCAGCUUGCAAAUGUCCACUUAUCUUCAAAUAUGCGAACGCUGAAAUUGGAGCAGGACACUGUGCCUCCUCCAGAGGAGAGGAAGGCUGCUCUGGUGGAAGCUGUUCAGGGAAGGAAGUCUUUUUCUUCUCAGGACAAAACUCUCACUCCAAUUAACCUGACAGAUGACCAGCUUGCCUCUGGCCUCUAUGUGUGUACUAGUAAUGAAAACACACUCAAAUCUAUCAUGAAGAAAAGGGAUGGGAAGAAGGAUUUGAACAACACCAAGAAGAACCUACAGUUUGUGGGCAUUAAUGGCGGGUAUGAGACGACAUCGAGCGAUGACUCCAGCUCUGAGGAGAGCUCUUCCUCAGAUUCGGAGGACGAGUGUGAGGGCCAUGAAUACCCCCACAGCCAGCACAUGGAGGAAGGGCAGCCCACGCCCCAUGCUCCGGAGGUCUGUGUCGUGGGGGCAGAGAAGGACAGCACACCUCCGGAGUGUGAGGCUGAGGAAGUGGAAAUCAGAGAGAGAUACGAACUCAGUGAAAAGAUGCUUUCUGCCUGCCACCUGCUGAGAAGUAACAUUGAUGACCCCAAGGCAUUGACCAGCAAAGAUGUGAGGUUUUGUUUAAAUACCAUCCAGCAUGAGUGGUUUCGUGUCUCAAGUCAGAAGUCAGCUGUCCCUGAAAUGGUUGGAGAUUACAUAGCUGCCUUUGAAGAGAUUUCUCCCGCUGUCCUCAGACAUAUCAUCAAUAUGGCAGAUGGAAAUGGAAACACAGCUCUGCAUUACAGUGUCUCCCAUUCUAACUUUGAAAUUGUAAAACUUCUUCUGGAUGCAAAUGUCUGUAAUGUAAAUCAUCAGAACAAGGCUGGCUAUACUCCCAUCAUGCUUGCUGCACUUGCAGCUGUGGAAGCAGAGAAGGAUAUGAAGAUAGUAGAGGAACUGUUCAGCUAUGGGGACGUGAAUGCUAAAGCCAGCCAGGCUGGUCAGACUGCACUGAUGCUAGCUGUGAGUCACGGUCGGAUAGACAUGGUCAAAGCUUUACUGGCCUGUGGUGCAGAUGUCAAUAUCCAGGAUGAUGAGGGCUCUACAGCUCUGAUGUGUGCUAGUGAACAUGGACAUGUAGAGAUUGUCAAACUUCUGCUGGCUCAGCCUGGGUGUAAUGGCACCCUGGAAGACAAUGAUGGCAGCACAGCACUUUCAAUAGCCCUGGAAGCUGGACAUAAGGACAUAGCAGUUCUCCUUUAUGCCCAUGUCAACUUUUCCAAAACCCAGUCACCGGGCACUCCUAGGCUUAGCAGAAGGACAUCUCCUGCUCCCACCCACAGAGCCACAUUUGAGUAGUAGUGCAUGAAUAUCUGUAAAAAUCUCUAUGCCAUCUUUAAGCUGCUAAAUGUUACUGUUUUACUGAGACAGAUACUGAAUGUAAUUGUCUUGUGCCUGAGCUCACCAGCAAAGUGAAAGCAGCGACUAGUGCUAAAGAUAGAAAACUGUAAACUUGAAGCAAGCAUAUAUUAAAGUAGUGCUCAGCUGAGAACUGU